GAAAGCCCGGAAAAGCUGCUUUUCAGGGUUUCAGGCUUCGAUAUCCGGAGCGAUUUUCGUCGGAUUUGGCGUUUUUUGGCUGCGUCCUCCUGUCGAGUAGGGAAAAAAUCGCGGCUUGAGUUCUGGUUAUUGUUGGGUUUCUUCCAUCUCUGCUGGUUCUCGAAUGUCUCUGAGAAAUACCUGGAAUCUCAGGCUCUUUUUUUGGUACCGAUCUUGUUAGGGUUCUGUCUUCGUUUAAAGUGGAGGCAAUUAGCCUUUUUGGCUUUACGUUUUGAUUCUUUGAAGGGUUCCAUCACUUAUAUCUGCUUCUGGGAUCUUGGCAUUCUCAGGUUUUUUGCGGCUUUUUGUUAAGAUGAACCCAGAAAAUGGGAGCUUUGCUCGGUGUGUGAGGCACCCGUCUCAGUUCUUCACUGGUUUCUGUUCCUUUUGCUUGGUUGAGAGGUUAUCGAAUGUUGGCUCUGCGGAACAAAGCUUGAAACAUUCAGAUGGUUUGCAGUGUGAAAUUGUUGAGGCCUCUGCUGCCAUUCAUGAUGCUGCUAAUAAGCCUAAUGAGAUCAGAGUAAGGAGGACUCUUCUAUCUUUGUUUCAGUUGGAUGAUGCUGACAGCAUUGAGAGCAAGGAAAAUCCAUCAAAAGACCAUCUUGUGACAGAGAAUCUGACUGCUGGGAAUGCCAUGUCUCUAGAAGAUGGAUAUGGAUGCAAAACUGGUGGCUCCCAUGUCUCUAAGGAUGUUCAGGUUGAGGUGAUGUCUAAGCAUGGAGCAAGGAUUUCAGCAAAAAAUUCUGAUGCUGCUGGUAAUCUUACCGAUACGGUUCAAUCUGGCAAGAUGGUUGAGCUCUUAGAAGAUGAGAAGUUGAAAGACAAAAGUUUUUGGUUGGGUUCAGUGCUGUCAAAGAAGGGAAUAAAAUGGAGCAUUAGUAGCACAUUCAAGAAGAACCAGGUGAAAGUGAAGAGCUCGAGCAAUGCAAUUGAGGAUAGACGGCUGGAUAGCAAGACUAUCUUCCGACAUUCUUGUGACUGGAGGUCAUCUCAUGAUUCGAGCAAAACCUCAUCUUGGGAAUUACCCAGACAUUCGUGGGAUGGUUCAAUGGUGAGCAAGGCGCUAGCAUGUUCAUUUGCCUGCCUUGAAGAACGUGGAGGUAGUUGCAGCAGGAUAAAAAGAAGUUCACCUGAAGUUAUAAGUUCAGAGCCUAAGCCAACUGCUGAUAAUUGUGAUGUUGGCAAAACUGAUAAUAUGGCUUCAGCCAGUGAUAAAUCUUUAUCAUCAAAAAGCAGUUUGGGAAGCCUUUUCAGAGCGCAGAGUUACAAAGAAUCUCACUCAGAAAUUGCAUUUUCAGGUAUCAGUAGAAAAAAAUCACACAGGUGGAGUAGAGUGUGGGAUCGCAGUAUAACUAGCCCUUUCAGGGAUUUUGUAAAGAAACGUGAACACGUGUUGGAAAGGUCUCUGUCUGAGUCUUGGCAAGACCGGAAGGACAAGAGUAUGGAAAUUUUGGAAUCUGAUGGUGGAGUACAAUAUAAUGGGAAUGGCCUCAUUUCUGUUAGACCUAGUCAGAGCAUAAACCGAGUCAUAAAUUCUGCUAAUGGUGAUCUUCAUAAUCCUAGACCUGAUUGGCAAAAGAAGAGGGCAUACAGGCUUGGGCGAAGCCAGAGUGUACAUUACUCUUCCCCUGGAAACUUGGAUAAUGGACUUCUUCGCUUUUAUUUGACUCCUUUGAGAAGCAGCAGAAGAAAUGCAAGCAAAAGUAGGAUGAAAAAAUCACAUUCAUUAGCCAGAGGCAUCUUUGGGUUUUAUUGAAAAGAACAGCAUUGUACUCAAAAGGAUCCUAAGUUCAUAGUGGUUGUUAUGCACUCAUUCUAAUGUAAAAAGUGCUUUCAAAGCAGAGGGACCCCUUAUGGCUUUACCCUCCUGCUUCUCUAUA